GGGGGCCGCGGGGGCCGAGGGCGGAGCGCGGGCGCGGAGCGGAGCAGAGGAUUUGAGUUGUGUCCUGCUGGGGCUGCCAUGGAGUGGGGGCAUUCUCUCUCCUUCUCCAGUGUCUGCAGGUGGUGCCUGCUGCUGCCGUGACGCACGCAUUGCGAGGCCAGGAGGACGAGGACGAGGACUGAGAGAGAGAGAGAGAGACUCUUUCUCCGCCCGCGGCCGAAGAACUUUCUUUGCCGUUGGUUGAUGGCAGCGACGAGCAGCAGCAGCAGCAGAGCAGCAGCAGGAUAGAAGACGACGGGCAUACAGAGUCAGAUAGACAGAGAUAGAGAUUUAGAAAGAAGACGAAGAAGAAGAAGAAGAGGACAGGCGGUGGAACGGAGGCCGAGAAGGUGGGAGAAGGCAAAGGGGGGGGAGGGCAUUGCCGAGUUUCGUCGUCGCCUGCGCUCGAGCGGGGGUAGAAAUUUGGCGAGACGAGGAUCCGUGGGGGCCGCGAGCUUGGGUGGGUGGGGAUGUCGUGUUAAUGUAGGUAGGUCAGCCCGGUGUCGGAUAUGCGCUAGACUCGACUCCCAUGUUCUGCCCUCCCGCUUCCGCCUUCCCUUCGUCCCCGGGUGGUAAAUUUCAUUUGACGACUCGGCAAUUUAUCCGCAUUUGCUCGGCUCGGUCGGUAGUGGUGGCAGAGUCCGGUAGGCCCGUAGAGCAUCGGGAAUCUAGUCCUUCGGUCCAACUUUCGUCAAGGCGAUACAGAUCUGUGCCGAUCCGCACAGAAGGAAGCGAGGAGUUCUAGAGGGGCACGCUGGGGUUAGAGAAGAAUUCCGGGCGCUUUGUGCGCUUCGACGAAGUGCCAUCGCCUUCUCGGCAGAUGGCCUCCCAAGGUCCCGAGCUCAGUCCUACAGCGGCCAGCCUCGAUGGCCAGCUUCAAGAUUUGUUCCGCGCACUCUCGACUGGUUUUCAAAAAUUGGACAAGGUUAAAGAUGCCAACCGCCAAAGCAAGCAACUUGAGGAACUUACCGCGAAAAUGCGGGAAGCGAAACGACUCAUUAAGGAUUUCGAUCGAGAGAUCAAGGACGAAGAGUCACGAAACUCGCCAGAAGUCAACAAGCAGUUGAAUGAGAAGAAGCAAGCUCUGAUCAAAGAACUCAACUCCUAUGUCGCUCUUCGCAAAACCUACACGAGCGCCCUUGGUGGAGGUAGAAACGAGCUUCUUGAUGGAGGCAAAGGAGAGCCUUUGAUUGAUGACGGUGUGAAGUUGGCAUCAACAAUGACGAAUCAACAACUCAUGGAUACCGGAAGAAAGCAGAUGGACGAAACAGACCAAACAAUCGAACGGUCUAAGAAGGUUGUCCAAGAUACCAUCAAUAUUGGUGAACAAACUGCUUUGACACUGAAGGCUCAGACAGAGCAAAUGGGCAGAAUUGUGAAUGAAUUGGACACCAUCCAGUUUUCAAUCAAGAAGGCCUCUCAACUGGUGAAAGAAAUCGGUAGGCAGCUAGCCACAGAUAAAUGCAUUAUGUUCUUCCUCUUUUUGAUUGUUUGUGGAGUAAUUGCCAUCAUCAUUGUUAAGGUUGUUAACCCAAAAAACAAGAAUAUUGUCGAUAUCCCUGGGCUGGCACCCCCGGCAAGUACUACUACCAACAGACGGCUCUUGCUCGCUUUGUUGGAGUCCUAGGUGGACAAAAGGAGUAAGGGCCUUGGUCCCUCUUGAACGAUUCUUUGGAGGGCUCAAAAGCGUGAGCACGUGACGACUACACUCCAGGGCAUCAGUUGAUGAUGGAUGUUCUUGUAUAGGCUAGGCUGGUCGCUUGCCACUUACCAUCAGUGCCCUCACUAAUUUCAAUCUUGGAUGGUGUCCAUUAUUCUUUGGGGUUUUACUGCCUUGUAUUGUCAUCCUUCUCCUAGUGAGAUGGGGAUAGCUUGGUGGUUUGGGUAAAUUGGCUUUCUUGCAAUUCCGAUUCUCUUCAGCUCGAGAACGCCUUCUUCGAGAAUCUCAUUCCCCCUUGCCCAAACCCUUUGUAUUAGUGCAUAAAAGCCCGCUAGGUAGGUUUUAAAAAUUUUAAUGGAAACAACAGUUUCUGUGCAUGUAUGAAGGCGAAGUAUUCUAGCAAACUAUGCUUGAACUUCCUGGACUGGGCAUGUAAGUCUCCUGAGCCUCGAUGCCAGCCAGUCUCUUGGAACUCCGGGAAGGGUGAUGGCCCCCCAGUUGGACCUGUUGACUUGUGCGACACCUUGAAGAGCUGAUUUUGUAUCUAGGUUUCUUCUUAUAUGCAGCUCCAGACUCUCUGCGCAGCAGCAGGAGUUGCCUGAAGGUAUGAUGCAUAACUAGUUUGCUCUUUCCUCUAGAGCUUGCUUAGUGGCAGGCAGUUUUAUCCAGAUGGACAACUUGCGUCUGGUGUUGAUUACUUCCAGGAGAGAUCCAACAACAGGAGUACCACUUCGCGACCAAUGUGGGGUGACUUCACAUUUUUUAUCUCAGUGACUCUGGGACAUAUAUAGAUAGGGACAUGUGAGAUUGUCUACCAAACAACAUUGUUUCAGGAUCAAGGUUUAUAUAAGUAGAUUUGAUUCAUGUGGAUUGUUUCAGUGUUAACGAAGUCGACCAGAUUUGAAGUGAGUACUGGUGCAAUGGAUAGCUGCAACUGCGAAAUUAUGUCUUCUGAAAAGCUGUGAUUCACAACUACUUGGAAGAGGCCAGUGCCG